GUGGUGUGAUUGGGGCGGCGGGGCUGUCGACGGCACUCCAGCAUGCGGUGAGGAGUCGUAGCUUUCGAUCUGUGCAUUAGCGCUGCCUUAUUUUCAGCGGGUCCGGCGCCGAUAGCUGCAUAAGCGCCACGUUUAUUUGGGGCAGGCCGCCACCGAUACCUGCAUGAACCGCGCACCACGCUGCUGACAUAGCCAACGCAGUGCACAAGGCGGACAGGUGGAGGGCGAGGUGCCGACCGCCUCCCUCCCCACUUGAUGUUAUAAAGCGAGGCGCGCGCCAUCGAUCGCCAAUGUGUUUUCGAUCAGUCACGCAGUUCUACUUAUCGAAUUUGCCACCUACGAUCGACCAUGCACAACAACCAGCCUCUCCCCGCCGACUACUCCCACUUGGGCCACUGGUCCACGGCGGAUGGCAUAAAUCUCCAGGACGCCGACAUGAUGUACUGUCCCUCCAACUUCCACAGCUCACGAAGCUCCAUCUCAUGCGACGCGGAGCAUGUCGUCGACCACGACGAACGACCACCAUACCAGUCCUACUUGUCUCGUUCAUCCACCGUAGGCUCGCCCCAAGGCACGCCGCAGUACCAGCUACCCUCGCCCGAGGAGGAUGUGAUUCUUGAUCCCGCAUUCAUCGAUAAGGAGCGCCGUCGCGAGCAGAACCGAGUGGCUCAGCGCGCAUUCCGCGAACGCAAAGAAACCAAGCUCCGCCAGCUGGAGAAGCAAAUCAACAAGCUCAAGACCGACCAGAACAAGCUCGAGCGCAAAUAUCACAACCUGCGGACCGCGCACCUGCGGCUGCAGUCCGGCCUCAAGAUCCUGCUCGACGCCAGCGGCACCUUUGACGACUUUGACCCGGAGGCCGACGGCUACGACGUCGACACUAAGUCGUGAGCGGCUCGCCGUCUCUUGCUUUUUCUGGGGGCGUUUGGGGUAGACUCCAAAAGGCGUUGCUUGGCGUAUUGACGGGCGGGAGGGAUUGACGGACGGGAUUUGGGAGGCUUGGAUACCCACGCUUGGCUGAGUGGAAGCAUUGGUUCAGUUUAACAUGGUCAUGGAUGUGCUAUAAGCAACGUCUGCAAAUGGAUGGACGUCGAAUAACGAAU